GUAAAGCCGUCCCGACGCGUCUCCAUCAGAUUGUGAAAUGUGAAUGGACGACGGGUUGGAAAAUUAAUUAUCGAUGAUUUAUUGACACCCAUCGCCCCCCGGUUUGACGUUGGUUUUGAGUGUCAAUGUACGCGUCGAGCGCCACCGGAACACAGGAGCCAGGAAAUGAGAGCGGCCACGCACACGCGCUAAUGGCGAAAGGGAGAGGGAUCGUUCGUGUCCUGCGUGUUGAUUGAUGGGUGACAGACAGAAAAAUCUAGCCUAGCGGUGUGUCCGUUGUGGAGGUGUUUCAAGAUGAAUGCAAACAGCUUUUGGGGUACGAUCGAUCAGCUGCUGGGCCGGGAAGCUCAGAAGCAGAGUGGACAGGACUCGCUGAAGGUAGCGGGUUGGCUUUCCGCGUAUGCUGGCGUGCGUAAAACGGCCGGACAGGGCGACAGUGAUGCGGCUGGCUACGGCAGCGAUGGGUUCAGUGGACUUCCCGGCAGAACCGGCAGCUUGCCAUCGAUUUUCCCGACCGGCAAUCAGCUGAUUCAACCCGACCAGGACGGCGGUUUCAACGGGGACGGGACGGGGCCGGGCGGUACUGCCGGUACGACGGCGGGAACGGGCCGGACGGGAGCGAAUCGCAAAAAGGUGCGCUUCCGCAAGUCGAAGCUUCGCCAGCUGUACGACGUGGACGUGCUGCCCGUGGAGUACCUGGGACCAAAGAUCGAGUACAGUGUGAACCUGCCGAGAGUAACCGCACAACUGGAGAAGUUGAUGGGAACAAAUGUGGUCCGGCUGACGGAUCGCAAAUACAUGCAGGAGCUGCAGCGCCGCAUCCAGGAGGACUACAAUGUCACGCUGGAGAAGCGCAUCAGCGAACGGGAGGCGAAAGAAAUCGAGCGUGAGCGCAACCUGAUCCUGUCCGGUGCGGGCGACAGCAUACCGGAGGAGAUGACCAGCUCGGUCUUUCUGGUGAACCAGAAAACGAACGUCAACAUCCUGAACAAGCGGGAAAAGCUGAAAACGAUCCGUGAGAAAAAUGCGGAACGUUUGAUCAAACAGGGCCACCGCUGGGAGCGGGAACGGCAGCAGAUGGAGGAGCAGAGCCGCGAGCGCGAGAUCGAACGGCGCACCAAGCGCGAGGCACUGCUCGAGCAGGAAAAGCUGUACAUGAUCGAGGAAAACGAUCGCUCGCUGAACCUGCUGCGCAUGAAGACGAAGAAGGGCCCGUCGCGCGACAUGAACCUGCGCUCGAUGCUGAUGCUGCAGCGGGAAGAGCUGGGCCGGACGAUACAGAAGCGCGACUUCGACAUGAAGGACGACCGGUCCGGGCUGGGGAUGGAGAUGGAAGGCGGGAAGGGCGAUCGACGGCGGCAUCGACGGGGCGCUCGCAAGCAGCGACCGAUGCAGCGACAGAACGAGGUGCACGAGUACCAGGAGUCUUCCUCGCCGGAGGAGGGCUACAUCUCGAUGAACAAUGCCGACACGCCCGAAGAUCUGGAGACGUCGAUCGCGAUCAAGGUGGGCAAAGGGGCGAGCAAGGAUUCGGGCGACGAAUCGGAAGCGGAGCAGGACUCGGACCAGGCGGCAGUGGACGAGGCGUUGGUGGAGCAGCCAAACGAUGCGAACGAAGGGAACGAUGAGGAGGUGGCUGCUGAGGUCGAUGCACUGGAGCAGCAGCUGGGGCAGCAGGAGCUGACCGAGGUGGAGCUGGAAGCGGCCGAAGAGGCACGGCUACGGGAGGAGCUGGACAAAACGCUGAUGGAAAAGAAGAAGGCGCGGCAGGUGCGGAACGAGGACCCGAAGAUUACCAAGCUAAAGGAGGCAGAUACUGUGUCAGACAUUUAUAACGUAGCCGAUGAGAUCAUCGUGCUGGAGAAGAAGAAGACGAAGAAAGGGUUCGGCAAGUGAAGCGGGGCCGCAGGACAGCCAAAUCCGUCGCACGCCAAACAUAAUCCACCGGACCCCGAUGCGUGCCGCACCGUGACGGAAGGGCAGCGAACGUCGACGAAAGGAAUUUUUAAGAAUGCUGCACACACAUCACAAGCUGUAUCUGUGAUCUGGAUGAUUGUGGUUUCGUUUGCAGGUGUGGGUGUGCUCGUGUGCGCACGGAGAGAUUUUGGUAGCGUAUUGUUUUGCUCUGUUUUUUUUUUUUGUAACAAAAAUGCCUGUGUGUUGCGAUGCACUUUGUGAUAAAAAUUGAAAUGUAUUUUGUAGUAAAAA